UAUUUCUCUUCACUAGGUUAAUUUUACUAGUGAGAUGUUUGUUUUUUUUUCUUGACAGUUUAUGUAGCUACAGUUGUGAAUGAAAAGCAGAGAUGAGAAAAAAACAAUAUAGAGGAGUAAUACUAGGUUUAUCUCCGUGUCUCCUUCUCUUUGCAUAUUACAAAAUAUGGUAUUACCCAAAAGUAACUUUCAAUGUUCAAGAAAGUAAUGCAAUUAACAUGAUGAAACAAGUGUGGACCGAAUUGAACGCUAAAACAACAGAUGAAGACAAAUCUAGGUACAAUAUUAUGUUUUAUAACAAACCUUCGUGGAUGAAAAUGGAAUACAGAACUUUGAAUUCCGCUACUUGUCCACAAUUAAAACAUGAAUGUUUUGUGUACACUGAAAACAUGUACUAUGAUACUUCAAAGAGCAUUAUUUUCUUUGGAGAGCAUCUACCUGCAGAAGUACCGACAAAGAAAGAAGGACAUAUUUGGUCAUUCUUUUCAAUCGAGUCUCCAUUUCUGUAUUCUGUACCUCAACAAUGGAAGGAUAAAUUCAAUUGGACAAUGACAUACCGAAGGGAUUCGGAUAUCACUGUUUUUUAUGGAAAAGUUGGUAAAAGACAAAUUCCUCUAAAACGAAAUUACUCAGAAAUAUUUCGAAAAAAGAAAAAGACCGUUGCCUGGCCAGUUAGUCAUUGUAAAACGCCUUCAAAACGGGAAGACUACAUACAAAAGCUUCAGGAAUAUAUUGAUGUUGAUAUCUAUGGAAAAUGUGGAAAACUAAAAUGUGGUGGACCAACAGGCCUAAUAACAGAGUGCCACAUGAAGUUUGCGGAGGAAUACAAGUUCUUCCUGGCGAUUGAGAACUCAAUAUGCAAAGAUUACACAUCGGAAAAAUUAUUCAACUUUUUCUUUCAUAAUCUUACCAUGAUACCUAUCAUCAGUGGACCUCAAAACGUUCUCGAAUAUAUUCCCAAAGGAACAUUUAUUAACAUAUUGGAUUAUUCUUCGCCUUCAGAAUUAGCGAAGGAACUCCACCGGAUUGGGUCAAACGAAACACUUUAUUCUCAGUAUCUACAAGAGAGAGACAAGUAUCGAGGCAUCAGAUUUAAUUGGGGAAAAGCUUUAUGUUUAAUGUGUGCAAGAAUACACGAAAAGAAACAUUAUCCGCCAAUUCCUGAUAUUCGUUCUUGGAUAUGGAAUAAUACCUGUAUCAGACCACAGUGACUAUCCCUCAUCACUACAUACAAUACAUUGCUCUGCCAAUAAAACGGUCUCAUUAAGAAUAAGGUUCAUUUAGAACUUCAUUGGCACUGUAAAUUUCUGAAACUGAAAUUACAUAGUUUUAGUUAAAAAUUCAUUAAAUAUCAUUUGUGAAUGCAAAUUCAUUUGAAAGAAAGAAUUUUCUGGUUAGCUAGUGCAUUGUGACGUCACGAAUUGCGUCAAUUUUCAAUAUCAUGAAAAACUACAAAAACGGGCGGAUUUAUUAUUAUUAUUUUAAUUCAAUAUUUCAUAUAGAGCACAGCCUCUAAUCUAAGGUAUGCACUUUUGUAAUGAUAGAACUGUUCAUACGGAUCGCAAAAUAUGUUUCAGUUUUAGUCGAUAUCAAUGAGUGGGCUCAUAGUCUUUUCUUUGCUAAAAUUACUCGUUUUCUUUAAAAUUCAGGAACAUUGCAAUUUCAUAAAGUUGCGUUUCAAUACCUGAACUUUCAGGAAAUGUUCAAAAUAGAAAAUGAAAGGUUUAAGUCUCUACUGUACUUUGAUGUUGGAAACGAAACAUGGCGUGUUAGUCAGUAAAU